AACACAAAACUAAAAAUCGUGACUUUCUUCCUCACGCGCUGAAGAUGCGAACGCAAACCCAAUCUCAAAUGGCUGCAAAUGGCAGUUGGAAAGUUGGGCCGACAAUCGGUUUGGGUGCCACCGCAACCGUCUCCCUUGCCGCCGAGUCCAAUUCCGGUGAUCUCUUCGCUGUCAAGUCGUCCCUCAUCUCCCGCUCCGCUCUUCUUCAAAAAGAACACAGCAUCCUCUCCUCCCUCUCCUCUCCGCACAUCAUCUCCUGCCAUAGCUUCGCUAACUCCGGCGAAUUCUCCAACCUGUUCCUCGAGCUCGCCGCCGGGGGAGCUCUCUCCGCUCUAGCCGGCCAUCUCGACGAGCUCAAAAUCCGAUCUUUUACUCGGCAGAUUCUUCUAGGGCUCUCCUACAUCCAUUCAAAAGGCAUCGCCCACUGUGAUGUAAAGGGAAGCAAUGUUCUGCUAUGCUCCGAUGACCUCGUAAAGCUUGCGGAUUUCGGUUGCGCGAGGUGGGAUGGUGAUGGAAAUCGGUUGGUGAUGGGGACGCCGGCGUACAUGGCUCCAGAAGCGGUGAGAGGAGAGGAGCAAGGGAUCGCCGGCGAUGUGUGGUCACUUGGGUGCACGGUAGUGGAGAUGGCUACAGGGAAGUCACCGUGGCCUGAAGCUGCAAAUCCAGUUGCUGCCAUUCACCAAAUUUCGUUUUCCUCUGAUAUUCCGGCGAUGCCGGAAUGGGUUUCCGAUGAAGGAAAGGACUUUGUUUCCAAGUGCUUGAUGCGUGAUCCGGAGGAGAGGUGGACGGCGGAGCAGCUUCUCUGCCAUCCAUUUGUUUUGGAAGAAGAGGAGCUCUGCUCCAGUUGGAAGAAGGGAAAGUGGGUCUCUCCCAAGAGCACCAUGGAGUUUGAUUUAUGGGACUCGGAAACAGAGGAGGAUGAGCAGGAAAAGGAGGAAGAAGUAUUAUCUUCAGAGGAAGUAUACAUAACAGAAGGAAUCCGGCAGCUUGAAUCGCCGCCGGCGAACUGGGGAUGGGAUGAUAGUUGGAUUGAAGUCAGAACAAGCUACGCCGAAAGUGAUGAGAUUGAGAUUUCGGAUAACAGUGAAUGUUCGUGCAGCGGAUUUGUUGAAAACGGGUUUGAAGAUGUGGGUUUAUGGAGAGAAUCAAAAGCUGCGGAGGUAGAAGAGUUGGGCUCUGUUUCUUUUGCUGGUGAAGCCGAAGCAGAGCAAGGAACAGAGCAUGUAUGGAGUAGAUGUAAUUGUAAUUUUGAUGAUACAAAUAAAUGCCAGAUUUCAUAUUGGUUCAUUGCAUUCUUUUCAUUGUUUUAUCAGUUGGUAAUUUAG